UCCCCGCCCCACCCCGUUUGACUGUCGCCAAUAAAGAUAUUGUGAUGUACGAAAAAUACUAAUUUUCUCGAAUUUUAAGAGUUUAUUGGUGACAAUCUUGUAUAUUUGUGAUAAAUUAUAAUGGAUAAAUGUGGUAUCUGUUUAAAACCCGCAGUCCAAUUAUUUGAGACUGGCAAGGAGGGUGUGUAUGCAUGUUUCAAGUGCCAGCCACUUGUGCCUGAAGUGACCAUUGAAGACAGUUCGGCUGAAGCUCUUGAUACAUCUGAACCUACUGCCUCUAAUAGUGAGGAGGAGAACAAUGAAGCCCUAUACUGCGGCAUUUGCGAUAAAACGUUUCAGAAGACGAUGCAGUUGCAGAACCAUUUACGCAAUCACCGAGCCGAGAGACGUUUUGUGUGUACCUACUGCAAUAAGGCAUUUUCCCAGUCAAACAACUUGAGAGCGCAUCUCCGUAUUCACACCAAUGAGAGGCCUUUCAAGUGCGUUGAGUGUGGGAAGGCCUUUACUCAGGUGACAAAUUUAAACAACCAUGUGCGGCUGCAUACUGGGGAACGUCCCUUCGUAUGUCCAGAGCCGGGCUGCAACAAGGCAUAUGCCCAGGUAACAAAUUUGAAUCAGCACCGCAAAAGACACUUGAACGGGCGACCAGUGGAGGCCACGUACGACUGCAAUAUAUGCGGCGAGCAGUUCCAGCAGCGCAACCACAUGUAUACUCACAGACGUGAAGCCCACGGCGAGUCAAAGACAUCGAGCAAUCGUUCUGCUAGUACCGGUAGACGUGGGGGCCGGCACAUAUGCCAGGUUUGCGAAGCGGUGCUGCCGAGUGAGCGAUUGCUGAUGCAGCACGUCAACCAGCACGCAAACGAAGAUGGCUCGCUGCGGACUAAGGAUGAACGUGCGGAGGAGGGCGAGGAGGGCGAGGAGGGCGAGGCGGUGGAGGAGGCGGGGGAGGACGGCGAGGGCGACGGCGAAGGGGAGGGGGAGAUGUCGUGCGUGUUCUCGUCGUGCAAGGUGCGCGUGUCGUCUGCUCGUGCGCACUCGGCGCACCUGUUGCGUGCGCACCAGCUGCGAGUGCUGCCCGCGCCCGCCGCCGCAGACCGCCGCCACAACAACCACGAACAAGACCAUCUGCCCCCGCGCCGCGGUCGCCCACCCAAGGUAACAAAGCAGCAGGACCCUUUACUAAUAAAGGACUCUGAGUAUCAUGAGGUAAAACUACUGAACGCCCGACAAGUGCAGUUCCUGCCGAAGCUAAAAGUGCAGAGUUUGUUUCAAUGAGUGAUCGGCACCGUUUGACAUUGACCAACUGUGCCGUGUGACGAAUAUCUGACAUUGUUACGUCUUUGAUUAACGUUAGAUUUAUGUGAAACUAAUAACCCGUGCUUGUUCUAAGCCUGUUGAACACGGCCAUAUGUGUAAUGCAAGAAGCUUAGUUAUAACAAAUGACAGAUACAUCACAAUGUAAACACAAAAUUGAUGUCAAUACAUGCUUUUGUAACUUCCCGUAGCAGUGUCGUAACUAUAGCGUUCGAGGCCCGUGGCAAAUUCAUCAGAUGCUCGAUCUCCCCUGUUUUUUUUUUCAACAAAUGUAUUGAAUUUGCAAUUAAGUAGGUAUCUGAAACAAAUUAAAUACAUUUUUUUAACGAAAUGUGUAAAAAUAAAUGUCGCGAGUUGAGAUUCUCCUCUGACCAGAUGUCCUUUUGCAUUUUGCGACUUGCCACAAUGUAGUUACGCCACUGUCCCGUAGUACUACUUUGCGAUAUAUGUAAAACGCUUUUUUCCGUCAUUUAUAAAUGUCAUUAUGUCAUGGAUUACGCUCAUAACGUUAAAUUAAAUUAAAAUUAUAUAAAAG